CCAGGCCCACAUACCCGUUGUUAAAUUCAUUGGGUGAUCUGAUCUGAUCUGGAUCUGAAAUUAAAUUUAUGUAAUGAAGAUUACUCUGUUUUGGUUUACUAUCAGAAAAUCAACACUUUAAAAUUGUGGAAAAAAGACUGAUUUUUAGAUGAUGAGCACCAAGUGUUUGUUAAAAUGCCUUUACCACUUUCUUUUUGUUUUAUGUGUUGGAAAUGGUGUGGUAGUAAAAAGAUGAAACAGUGAUGAUGUGGAUCAUGGGUUUCUUUUUGGUGGAUAGAUGAGAACACUACACUACACAUGCACCUUUCUUGUUUCAUUCAACCCUUUGUUGUUGUCUCUACAUACUAAUACUAGUCUGCCCAUGUCUCCUCUCUUCAAAGGUCCUGUUCUUUGUGCUUAUCUCAAAGGAUUUUAAUCUAUGGUGGAAACCCUUUUCCCCUCAUAAACCCAACCACUCAGAUUUAGGGUUUGGAAUUCUACAUUAUUAUGGGAGAAUCACUUGGUGUGUCUGUUUCUUUUGGUAAGUACGAGAAUGAUGCACUUUCUUGGGAAAAAUGGUCUACUUUUUCCCCAAAUAAGUACCUGGAGGAAGUUGGAAAGUGCUCCACACCUGGAUCUGUAGCUCAAAAGAAGGCCUUUUUUGAAGCCCAUUACAAGAAAAUUGCAGCCAUGAAAGCUGAGGCUGAAGCUGAGUUACUGGAUCAACAACAAGAUUCAAGAUCAGAUGAUCAACAGAUCAAGGACCAACACAAAGAUUGCACCCAAACUGAGCUGUGUGUUAGUGAUGAACCUCUCACUGAUGGAUCUGGAAAUUUUCAAGAGGAUAAACCACUUACUGAUCAAGUUGAUGCUGAACCUAUACCAUCUGAAGCCCCAACAACAUUAAACAGCAAUGCUGAUAAGCUAGAAGAAGCUGUUUUAGUCAACGUUGAGAGUAUGAAACUGGUCAAACAGCAUUUCCAAGUGGAUUUAGAGACUCAAGACCCUCCACAAAUUAGGCAACCAAAACCUCAAAAUGUGACAAGAAAGGUAACUCCAAACAAAGUGGAAAAAAAUCCCAUAGGAAUGAAGAAAAAACCAGCAUCACUUAUACCAAAAUCCCCAGAAACACCAGCCAGUACAUUAUCAAAACCGAAACCGAAACCGAAACCGAAACCAAAGCCAACUUCAGCACCCACAUUAAAGAAGGCAAGUGCACCAUCAUCAUCAGCAGUAUCAUCAUCAAAGAACAAGUAUCAGUCUCUAUCGGAAAGCAGACGUGUGACUCCAGUGUCGCUCCAUAUGUCCAUGAGUAUGAGUUCGGUAAAUUCUGAUACGGCUUCUUCUGUUACUUCAUCGAGAAGACGAUCUUUAUUCAUGGAGCAAAUGGGAGAUAAGGAUAUUGUUAAACGAGCCUUUAAGACGUUUCAGAACAGAGUUAACCAAUUACCAUCAUCUGCUGCUAGUGGACCCAAACAGGUGCCCGGAAAGAGAUCAGAGCAAAAAACUCGGACUUCCAUGGUGUAUCAGAAAGAAAAUGAAAGAUCACGGAAAGCACCGGCACCGGCACCAGCACCAGCAGCAGAGAAAAUCAAUCCUGUAAGAGGUCAGUUAGGACCAACAUGGAAAUCUGUAUCAUCUGGGUCACUUAAAGGCGUCGGUGUGGAUGAAAGACGGCUAAAGGCGGGACCAACUACAGUAGCUUUGAAAAGUGACGAAAGAGCGGAAAGGCGAAAAGAGUUCUUGAAGAAGUUGGAGGAAAAGUCAAAUGCUAGAAGAAGUGAAGCUAGUUUAAAACCCAAGGAAGUAAAAGACGCCGAAAUGAAAAAGGCGAAGCAGAAAGUAAAAGCAAUGCCAGGGGUAUUGAAAAGCGGUUGAGAUAAGCAAGCGGUGGAAGUGGAAGUAGACAGACAAAACGCAUCUGAUUGAUUAUGGGUGAAUCUGUAUUUUCAUUUAUGAACAAGUUGUUUAGAUGUGUUAGUUGUAUUUCAACAAACAAGAAUCCUGUUCAGCGAGUAAGUAUAGUCUCUUUGUGUAGCAAAAGUUGUAGCUUGAAAAAGAAAGAAAUAAUACAUAUUUUGGGCCAGGGGUGCUACUUCUAGUUCUAAUUAUUAAACUGAUGUUUAUUAUAA